AUGGAGAGUCAGAGAAUCCAGUCCUCUUACAGGAAGCGAUUCGGCCCUCAGGGCUCGAGCAGCACAGGAGUUCGUAUUGGGGGCCUUUCCUCCAGCCGCGUCUCCUGGCAUGGCACCCCUCGCAGCCUCACUCAUUCAAGCCCCAUAUCACGGAUCUCCUUCGGCUCGACCAGCAGCGCCUUGCUUUUGGGGAGCCCUGGAGACCGAUUGGACUUCUCUGCUGACUCGCUGAUGAAGGCCCAGUACAAGGAGACCCGCACCAAUGAGAAGAUGGAAAUGAUGGGCCUAAAUGACCGCUUCGCCAGCUACAUCGAGAAGGUGCGCCUGCUGGAGCAGCAGAACAAAGUUCUGGUGGCAGAGCUGAACCAACUGAGGGGAAAGGAGCCCAGCCGCCUGGGAGACAUCUACCAGGAGGAGCUGAGGGAGCUGCGCAGACAAGUGGAUGGUCUCACUGCUGGGAAAGCUCGGCUGGAGAUAGAGAGGGACAACCUGGCUGCAGAUCUGGCCAUGCUCAAACAGAAGUUGAAUGAAGAAAACGGCCUCCGUCAGGAUGCUGAGAACAACUUAAAUGUCUUCAGACAGGAUGUGGAUGAGGCUGCCCUAAACCGUGUCCAGUUGGAGAGGAAGAUCGAUGCCCUGCAGGAUGAGAUCAACUUCCUGAGGAAAACUCAUGAGGAGGAGCUGCGUGAGCUACAGGAGCAAAUCAUGGCCCAGCAGGUGCAUGUGGACCUUGAUGUGUCCAAACCAGACCUGACAGCUGCUCUGAGAGACAUCAGGAUCCAAUAUGAAACCAUGGCAACCUCAAACAUGCAGGACACGGAGGAGUGGUACCGCUCCAAGUUUGCUGACCUGACGGAUGCAGCCAAUCGUAAUGCAGAAACGCUGCGCCAGGCCAAACAGGAGGCCAAUGAAUACAGGCGUCAGAUACAAGUGGUGACCUGUGAUCUGGAGGCGCUCCGCGGGACAAACGAGUCCCUGGAACGUCAGCUUCGUGAGAUCGAGGACCGCUUCACCAUGGAGACUUCUGGGUACCAGGAUACAGUAAGCCACCUAGAGGAGGAGAUCCAGGCACUGAAGGAGGAGAUGGCAAGACACCUGCAGGAGUACCAGGACCUUCUCAACGUCAAGCUGGCCCUGGAUAUCGAGAUUGCCACCUACAGGAAGCUGCUAGAGGGAGAGGAGAGCAGGAUCACAAUUCCAGUUCAGAGCUUUUCCAACCUGCAGUUUAGAGAAACCAAUCUGGACACUAAAACCCCAGAAGCCCAUGUGAAGAGGAGUAUCCUGGUUCGAACUGUCGAGACCCGAGAUGGAGAGAUCAUAAAGGAAUCAACAACUGAACACAAAGAUCUUCCUUAAAGCUCUUCAACCAUCUUGUCUUGGGUAUUGAUCUGAGCACUUGAAUGCUUAUUACAAGAUUUUUAAAAUUCCAAACCCCAAAGCUACCCUACCAGAGUUAUUUUACUCUCUUUUCUGCAGGCUAAGCAUAAUCUGCUCUACACCCAUGACUUAACCAUUAAACCACCCCUAGCCUCACCUAUUAGUACUCCAAAAACAAAAGCUUUCUCACUGACUGACCAAGAUCGUAAGUUAGAUGCAGGUCGGUUGUCUUUGAUUCUUAAACUGGAUUGAUGGACCAGAUUUUGUAGUAUUGUUUCAGAUUAGUUGCCAUAGAAGAGGCCUUGAAAUGUAGCAAAUGUGUUCAGCUAAUAUGUAGCGUUGUGGAGGUUGACAUGUGGUUUUGUGUAUGUGAAAUGUUUCAUAGAACGUACAAGAAGAAGAAGAGGUUUCAGAAUUGGAUAAAGGCAGGAACUGAGAGAUAUGUUUGUGUACCGUAGAGCAACUUUUGGUGAGACAAAAUGUAAAUUUGGGAUGUUUUUUAACCCUUGUAACACAUUUUUGUAGCCGCCUAAUCCGUCGAUGUGUUGCUUCAUGUAUUAAAUGCCUGCUCAGGUGUUUUCGAUUGGUGCAUUAGUGUCUUAUAAAAAUAAUUUACUUUGUGCAGCAAUUCAUGCUGUCCUCACCCUCCAUUUAUCCCAGCUUGCCUGAAAAGACCCCAUCAUUUUUCUGACACCAGGACAUGUGAGGGCAUGUUUUAUCACCUAGCAGAGGUGUGAGAGACUGGGAUGUGCUAGAGGUAUGGUGCUUGGAGGCUGAUGUCACUCCUUCUCUCCAUCUUCCAUCUGACCCUAUAUGUUUGAUUGAAACCAGAAGGAAAAUGGAGAUAAUCUCCAAUAAUCUCACAACAAAUACCUGUGCCAGAAACCCUGUUUUUAUUUUGAUAGAGAGGUUAUUGUAUCAAAAAGGAAAGGGGCUACAGGAUGGAUGGAUGGAUGUCACAGCUCACACCAUGUAAUCGUAGACUCAAGCUUUGCAAGCUGUCUGUAACGCUGCUGACAGUCCCUGCUCUAAUGAGAGUUGUGCAAUAGCUGUCGCUGUGCUUGUCACCAAGGAUACACUGUGAUUUUGUGUUCCCAUGUACCUCCCACCCACUUUUGAUCCUCGACAACAUCCACCCCGUCACUCAACCCCUUCUCCUGUAUGUCUUAUAACAUUCAGCCCCAGUUUGUACUCACUCUGUUCUGUUUUUAUGUCAAAUUUAGAUAGAAUUUAUGACAAAGACAGCUGAAUCCUGCUUUUAUCAAAGAAACCUCUGCAUAUGUGAAUAUAACAUUAGUUUUGACCUAUGCUAUAAGCUAUAACAUCAUGUUUACUUACCGACAAUAAAAUUUUUUGUUUGAGUUGA